CCCACACCCGUAUUGCCUUCCUCCGGGGUCCCUUUUGUUGCGCCAUCAAACAUAAGCACCUUUGCCAGCGACCGAGGAGGAAUCACAUCGCGCCCGGAAUCAGACAUGUCGAGGUCCUUCUACGUGGAUUCCCUCAUCGUCAAGGACGCCGUGGUCAGACCCGGGGCGGCGCACGACUUCCUCCUGCCCAUCGGCGUGCACGCCCCGGGCGUCGUGUCCGUGGCCCCGGCGUGUCCCUCCAGGAAGAGCGGCGCCUUCUGCGUGUGCCCGCUGUGCGUCACCACGCACAUCCACGCGUCCCGGGGCGGCGUGCCCGCCCUCAAGAACCACUUUGCGGGCGCCGAGUACUGCCACAGGUACGCGCAGACUCCCUCUCUUGCGCACCCGGGUCACGCACCUGUUUGCACGGCCGCCUUCAGCGUCACGGACCCACGCAGGUACCACUGCGUGUCUAUGGGCGCCACGGAGAGCACCCACGGUCAAAACGGCAAGCGCAUGCGCACUGCAUUCACCAGCACGCAGCUGCUGGAGCUGGAGCGGGAGUUCUCCAGCAACAUGUACCUGUCGCGCCUGCGCAGGAUCGAGAUCGCCACCUACCUGAGUCUGUCCGAGAAGCAGGUGAAGAUCUGGUUCCAGAACCGGCGCGUCAAGCACAAGAAGGAGGGCAAGGCGGCGCAGAGGAGCGCGCUGCACGGCGGCGGCUGCAAGUGCGCGGGCGUGGGUGCGCGUCACCACGGCGGCCCGGCGGACUACCCGCGCUCCGAGGACGAGGAGGAGUCCCUCUCGCCCGCUUCGGCCUCCGAGGAGAAGGACGCGGCGGUCAUGUGACUUUCGUGACUUUGGACCAUGGGGCAUGAAAGAUAAACUUUUUGGUGUAACGCAGGGGUGUCCAAAGUAAGGCCCGGGGGCCAUUUGCGGCCCGCAGCUAAAUUGCAAAAUUGAUAGUAAUGCAAAAAUUUCAACAACAACAAAAAAACAUUUAAAAAAAGUGGACUGAGGUGAAAUCUAAUCAGGAAAAUGUUGACACAAAGUUGCCAUGCAGGCAGUUUUUUUCCCCCUUUUUGUCUUUUUUUUUCUUUUUUUUUUCCAUUGCUCAAAAAAAAAGGACAAAAAAAAUUGUUGUAAUGAAUUAUUACUUAAAAAAGGUUCCCUUUAAAAUGUUUUAUGUGGAAAAAAUAUUGCAUAUGUUGUGGGGAUGCCAUCAAAGUUUUGACAAAAGAGCUUAAGACUUAAAAUCGACAGAUAUAUCGGAAGUUGAUCUUGAUAUUUAAGUGUAAAAGUUAAAUAAAAAAAAAAAGGCAUCACUUUAUGAGUGGGGAACCUUUCGGAUCUCAAAGCAUAAAACAAACAAAAUAAUAGUUCAAACUUAAAAUUGACCGAUAUAUCGGAAGUUGAUCUUGAAUUUUAAGUGUUAAAAGUAAAAAAUUAUAUAUAUAAAAAAAAAUGCAUCACUUUAUGAGUGGGGAACCUUUCGGAUCUGAAAGCAUAAAACAAACAAAAUAAUAGUUCAGACUUAAAAUCGACAAAUAAAUCGGAAGUUGAUCUUGAAAUUUAAGUGGUAAAAGUAAAAGAAAAAAGAAAAAAAUGCAUCACUUUGUGAGUGGGGAACCUUUCGGAUCUCAAAGCAUAAAACAAACAAAAUAAUAGUUCAGACUUAAAAUCAACAGAUAUUUCGGAAGUUGAUCUUGAAAUUUAAGUGGUAAAAGUAAAAAAAAAAUAAUAAAAAAAAAUGCAUCGCUUUAUGAGUGGGGAACCUUUCGGAUCUCAAAGCAUAAAACAAACAAAAUAAUAGUUCAAACUUAAAAUCAACAGAUAUAUCAGAAGUUGAUAUUGAAAUUUAAGUGUUAAAAUAAAAAAAAGAUUUAAAAAAAUGCAUCACUUUAUAAGUGGGGAAUCUUUCGGAUCUCAAAGCAUAAAACAAAAUAAUAGUUCAAACUUAAAAUCGACAGAUAUAUCGGGAAGUUGAUCUUGAAAUUUAAGUGUUAAAAGUAAAAAAUAAAAAAAAUGCAUCACUUUAUGAGUGGGGAACCUUUUGGAUCUCAAAUCAUAAAACAAACAAAAUAAUAGUUCAGACUUAAAAUCGACAGAUAUAUGGGAAGUUGAUAUUGAAAUUUAAGUGUUAAAAGUUAAAAAAAUAAACAAAAAAAUGCAUCACUUUAUGAGUGGGGAACCGUUCGGAUCUCAAAGCAUAAAACAAACAACAUAAUAGUUCAAACUUAAAAUGGACAGAUAUAUCGGAAGUUGAUCUUGAAAUGUAAGUGUUAAAAGUAAAAAUUAAAAAAAUGCAUCACUUUAUGAGUGGGGAACCUUUUGGAUCUGAAAUAUAUUUAGUAGGAUUUUAUUUAACUUUUCGCUGUGAUUACUCAAAAAUAUUAAGUAAUUAAAAUCAAUGGUGUCCUGCAUUAUUGAUCUUUGAGGGCUUUAAUUGCUAAAUAAAGGAACUCUCCUGAAGGAAUCAAUAAAGUACUAUCCAUCUAUCUAUCUAUCUAUCUAUCUAUCUAUCUAUCUAUCUAUCUAUCUAUCUAUCUAUCUAUCUAUCUAUCCAUCUAAAUACUGCAUAUUUCAGUUUUACUACAAAAAACAAAGUUGUCUUUGACAGAAAAGGCAUAAAACCUUUUUUGUUUUACUUUAUAUCAAGAUUUACUGUAAGCAUUAAAUUAAAAAAAAUAAUAAUUUGACUUUUUUUAAACAUUUUAGUGACUGAGACCCUCUAUGCUCCCUAGGAGCCCUAAAUAUUAAAAAAAAAAAAAAAUCCAUAUAUUUUGUUAUCGUUUGAAAAUGAAAAAUAUCAAAAUAGCCCACGCAUGCUUAAUUUUUCCGUGUGCGGCCCUCUGUGGAAAAAGUUUGGACACCCCUGCUAUAAUGUGACCCCUGUAUAGGUUGUGACCUAUGACCCCCACACUGUGCGCCCUUACAGAAGCGAUAUAAGAAAUAAUAGCACAACCCGUGUUUGCAAGCUAUUGUGUAUAUGUGUAUUUAUUGUAAUAAUAAACAUGUUGGACUUACCUUUUCAUUCUUUAUGUAAUUGUCCAAAAGCUGCUUCAAGCAAAAGUGUUGGAAUUUACAAUUCAGGCACCUGUCCGUAAAUGCAGCAUGAAUGGUCAUAUGCAUGUAACAAUGUGCUUGCUGUUUUUGUUUCUUUUAUUUUGUGGGGUGACAAAAAUAUUUAAACGAGUCUUUGCUUUGAAAGAAACAAAUCUUGCCUCAAUCCAUUUCCAAAUAUAGAACAUUGCACUUUUCUACGUGUUUUUUUAUGCACCAAAUAUGACUAUAAUAAUGCAAAAGUCAAUAAAAGAAAAUAAAUAAGUUUUCCAUUUACUCUUUAAAAUUGCAAUGUUAUACCUUUUGUUUUAUACUUAUUUAUGUAUUAAGUUAAACAACAAAUACAA